AGGCUCUGCGUCACUGAUGAGAAAGCGACGCCCAUUUCCGCCAGGAACUAACCCAAAUUCACUGUUGUGGGUCAGCCGCGGUCAUCGUGAGUCUUCACCUUCAGUCGGGUAAAUCAAAUCCGAUGAGCCGAUGUUUUUUGACGAGCUGCACUACGAAGCCAACCGAAAACUGAACGGAGAGACGGACUAACUCGACGUAUCAUUGACGUUACGUUAGCUAAACGCCAGCUAGCUAGCUAACGUUAGCUUAAGCCAGUGAGGAUAUCGAUAACGAGCAACUUCAACAACUUCAACAACUCAAUUCAACGCGAUUUGACGUUUUCUCCCGACAUCUGAAAGCUCAUUGAUAUCGUUCAGACUUUCCAGACCACGUCAUGGGCGUCACUUACGUCUUCCUCCUGAGCACUCUGGCCCUUGCCAUUCACACUCAAGCUCAAGGCUGCCCCACACCAGUAGCAGGAGACGGCAUGAAAUUGCAGGGCAAUUUCAAUGGCUCGCAAACAUUCCAAAAUGGGCAGAAAGUUACUUUUGCCUGUAUUUAUAGCUACAUAUCUGUAGGAGGGUCUCCAAGCAUUAUUUGUACUGAUGGCCUUUGGAGUCCUCUGAGGCUGAAAUGCGAGAUGAGGACCUGUGGCUCUGCUGGAGAGAUCCAAAAUGGGAUCAUUGAUUAUGCUGAAGGGAUAGAAUUUGGCAAUAAACUAGUGGUGACCUGCAACAUUGGUUACAAUUUAGUUGGCAAAAGCGAAAUCUUUUGUGGACACCAAGGGUGGAUGAGCCGGUUGCCAGAAUGUCUCGUGGUAAAUUGUCUUCCGCCAUCAUCGGAUGGUGUUGUCACUUUCAAACCAGACAAAGAAUACUAUGAAUACCAAGAAGUUGUACAGUACAGUUGUCCAAACCAUUUGACCCUCUUUGGAUCAAACUCCUUAGCAUGUUCAGAAGAUGAAACAUUUAAGCCUGAUCCUCCAACAUGUGUCAUGGUUCUAUGCGAAGAUCCCAAUAUAAAUAAUGGCAACUGGGUUGAGGGUUCUCGGCCCCCUUUCAAGUACAUGUCUACGGUGACUUUCGAGUGCAUAUCUGGAUACACUAUGACAGGAGAGCGCAACCAAGCAUGUGGCAUAAACAGUCAGUGGUUACCUGGACUUCCAACAUGUGAACCUGUUCAAUGCGAAGAUCCCAAAAUACAAAAUGCUGACCGGGUUGACGGUUCUUGGCCCCCUUACAAAUACAAGUCUACGGUGACUUUCAAGUGCAUAUCUGGAUACGCUAUGAAAGGAGCGCGCAUCCAAACAUGUGAAAUAGGCGGUCAGUGGUCACCUGGACUUCCAACAUGUCGACUAAUACCAACCACCACACGUCCUACCACCAAGAAAUCAAUAGUGGAUUCUGACCCCACUAGCUCACCUGCCAACAAUGGAAAUGGGAAAACCUUAAUCGGGUUGGGUAUUGGUUUGACGGUCUUCACUGGUGUUGUCAUUUUCUGUGUGUGCUAUUGCUGUGGAGUUCUGGCAAUCAUCAAAAAACGACGCUCUAGGAGAGGCUCUCCUGUCAUUGUCCUUCCAGAAGAGGAGGUAGCACUCGCGUAAGCGUCCUGUGGGUCCAGCAUUACUGCCUGUAAAAUCGCUGGUUGAGAAGAAGAUGUCACUUUGAAUGUACAUGUGCACGUGAAUGGCACAGGCUUCUGCUGAAAAUGUAGUUUCUGAAUGUCUUGAGAUUCAGAAACCUCAGCUAAUUGAGCUCAAUCUUUAACUUAUGCUAUAAAACUACUCUUCUAAUUUGUUGACAAUAAUUUGAGUCUUUGACAAGGCAUUCACAACUUAUUUUUUCUAUUGCACUUAAUUCAAUUCAGUGAUGUUUCGGAAGCCUUCCCUUUCCUUUUUAAAACAUCACCGCAGUGUUUCAACACUGUAAUUAUGAAGGACUGAGAUUUCACGUUUGCUCCAGAGGCUUAUUUAUACUCCAUGUUGAUUUGAAAAUGUUUGCACUGCUCAGAGCACAGCUCAGCCUCGUCACAUUCGCUUGACGAUGGCCUAAAACGAGCAAAAUCAGCUUGAAAUACAGCUAUUAUGAUUACAUUGAGUUGGGUUGAACCUCAAUAACAUUCAAUAUUGCAGAUACCUGUGUUUUACUUGGAACACAGUGGAUUUGCCUGGAACUAUUUACUUUUAUCACAAAUUAAACCAUUUAUGAAACUGAAAUGGACUCAUCCAAAAAUACAUUUGUAUUAAAGAGAGACCUCCUUGGGCCUCAUGUCUAGUAUAUUCAAUUUUCACUUUCCUAGAGAUAAUACAAGAAUCUGUAAAACAGAACCAAGCAUUGCCAACUGCCUUACUGCACAAAGCCAAGUGUUUUAGCUUGUCAGUUUAUUUAAAGUUUUUAAUGGAGGCUUAAUUGUAGGCUUACGUUUUGCUUAAUGUUUGUUAAAUAAUUAUCCAUGUUUAAUGCCAUAUUUGGCACAUUUUGUGUGUAGCCCGAUAACAUCACCAGAUUUAGUUAAACAAAUCAUUUCUAUUUUAUAUUAAUUCGUCAAAACUCCCACCCGCCUCCACACAAUGUACUGGUUUCUUUCCUGUGGUUGUAUUAAGAUAAUCUGUAUUUCUUGAACAAAAAUGUGUUUCAUCUCAGUAAGAUUUGUGUUUUAUUCUGUGGCAUGGUCUUAUUUUUGUGGUACUUUUUUGUAAUUUAAUUUGUGAAAUAAAAUAAUACCAAACAA